AUGUGGCAAUCACACCCGGAGCUUUACCAGAUUGCCACAGACACUAACAUUUUGGUCGCUGACGCCCUUAGAGUGCGCCCUCCGGCGAUUUCUUUCUUCAGGACGCUGGAGGCAGGAGAGGCCGCAUCUUGGAAUGCACUUGUGGCUGAGCUCGAGGGGAGGAGCCUCAGCCAGGAAAACGACGCGGUCGCGUGGAGGCUAACUGCUUCUCGGAAAUUCUCGGUGAAAUCCUUAUACGAGAAGCUGACAGAGGGGAAUGAGCUAGACAUGGCUAGGGGGCUUUGGAAGGCUGGCAUUCCCCUCAAGAUCAAGAUCUUUAUGUGGCAAAUGUUCCGUAAUCGCCUUCCAACCUCAGAUAAUGUGGCCAAGCGUAACGGGCCGGCGAACGGGACAUGCGCCAUUUGUGCCCUCGGGGAGGACGCUAACCACGUCUUCUUCGGGUGCUGUCUUGCUAGAUUUGCGUGGAGCGCGGCUUGGGCGCCAUUGGGGAAGCAGCGUGACGAGGGACGCAUGACCGAGAUCAUGGAGCAGAUCAAGCUGUGCAUGGCGAGAUCAAGACAGCAAGGACAACAUGCUUGA